UGGCUUUAGGACCCAGUGGCUCCUCCAGUGAGGCAGGCAGCGGCUCGGCUGAAGCAGACAAAGGCGAGGAGAGAGACGGCGUGCCGCUAUCCUGCAGCAUCGACUCGCACAUAAACACACACACUCCCCCUCACACACUCCCUUCACUCCGCAAGCAGCGACGCAGACUCUCCGGAGCUGGUCACCACCACACAUCUGUCACAACCAUUACAACUUUCAGUCAUCAUGGAGCUAGACUUUGGACAUUUUGACGAGCGAGACAAGGCAUCCCGUACCCCACGGGGCGGGCGCAUGAAUGGACUCCCCAGCCCUACCCACAGCGCCCACUGCAGCUUCUACCGCACACGCACUCUGCAGGCCCUCACCAAUGAGAAGAAAGCCAAAAAGGUGCGCUUCUACCGCAACGGAGACCGCUACUUCAAGGGCAUCGUGUACGCUGUGGCCAAUGACAGAUUUCGCACCUUUGACUCGCUCUUGGCUGACCUCACACGCUCGCUCUCUGACCACAUCAACUUGCCACAGGGUGUUCGCUUCAUCUUCUCUAUUGAUGGCAUGCGUAAGAUCUCAUCCUUGGAUGAGCUAGAGGAAGGUGAAAGCUAUGUUUGUGCAUCAGAGAACUUCUACAAAAAGGUUGACUACACAAAGAACGUCAACCCCAACUGGUCCGUCAAUGUGAAGGCCUCUGCGAGCCAGAAGAACAUGCAGUCCUUAGCUGCCAAGGCUGCCAGCGAGCCCAGAGAGAACAAGGAGUUUAUUCGACCCAAGCUAGUGACGGUGAUGCGCAGCGGUGUGAAGCCACGCAAGGCUGUGCGCGUCCUGCUCAAUAAGAAAACGGCACACUCCUUUGAGCAGGUGCUCACUGACAUCACAGAGGCCAUUAAACUUGAAAGUGGUGUUGUCAAGAGGAUCUACACACUGGAUGGCAAGCAGGUUACCUGCCUUCAAGAUUUCUUUGGUGAUGAUGAUGUCUUCAUUGCAUGUGGACCAGAGAAGUUUCGCUACGCCCAGGAUGACUUCUCUCUGGAUGAUAACGAAUGCAGGGUGAUGAAGGGAGCCAAAGGUCAGCGUGGUUCAGCAAAGUCUCCCGGUCAUAUCAAACGCAGCAAGUCUCCUGCUGAGUCAACCAAUGGGACGGGCUCCAGCAGCCAACUCUCCACCCCCAUUUCCAAGCAUUCCCCCACCUCCACCCCCAACAGUCCAGGCCUCAACAACAAGCAGAAGGAUCUCUACCUGCCCUUAUCUCUGGAUGAUGACGAUUCCCUGGGCGAAUCGAUGUAGACGCUCCUCCUGCAGCCUGCCUCCUUAAUGGCCUGAAACACAGAAGUUUUGAUACCUCUGCUGCUUUCCACCUUCAUUCACAGUGCCACCUGUUGUCUAGGAGAUCCACUCUUUGUCUCUUUUUAAGGCCUUAGCCACCAGGGCUAUGACACCAUUUGCUGCUUGAGAAUAACACAAACACAAAUCGUUUUUUUAAAGACCGUUUCGACCACGUAACACCCAGCUCACUAAUGUUCAGACAUAUGUUUCUGUGUAAAGGUUAGUCACUACUUCUCAAAGGGGCACUCAGUUCACUGACAGCAGAUUUCACAGUGUAAAAACAAAUCACUUCGGUCUCAAACAUUUUGUUAAAGGAUGCACUUAAUAUUUCAGUCACAGAAUUCCAAGCAGCAAAUGGAUAUUUUUAGAGGUGUUAGUCAAAGCUGACUCAACUUUUGUAUGACUUGUAUUCGUGACGUUCCUCCAUGUCCUCCUGUCCUUCUGCCCUACAGUUAAAGGUGUGAAAGGUAAUGGUUCUUUGUCAGAGGAAAUCUGUUAAGCCAGAUAAAGUCCUUCUAACCCGCUGUAAAUACUGUGUAUAGCUAUCCAUCGUAACAUCUCUGCCCAGUGUCCAUUGCUGUGCUUCCAUGACGUCACUAUAAUGUCUGUCUAAACAUUUGCUCAACAUGAUACAGGGUAUGGUCAAAGUAGAAGAAGAACCAAAAUAUGAAGGCCCACCACAGAGGGUUAGGAUGGUGUGGGAUGCAUGACGGAAGAGGAUCAUUGGUCAGAAAAAACAUACAACUCAUGUUCUCAACAUAUGAGAAAUUCUAAAUCCACCAUAACCAUGGAGGUCUCAAAAUUCUUAUGUUGGCAAUGAUUGGCAUUCAUCUUGUCUAGUCAGGGACAAGGAAAUCACUCUGUAAGAAAAAGCAUCCCACAAAGCCCUCAGUGAAGUCUCCAUGUUGGUGUUUCCUCUGUUUUGACCAACUACAUAGACAGUAGGCCAUACAGGGCAUAUACCCUCUGUGUUUUAGAUUUUCGCAAACUGCAGUGCAUGAUAUUGAUGAAUGAUUAUGAAACUUUGGGCAUGUAAAGAGCUGAUUUGAAGGACCUAAUGGUGCAUAAAAACAACCAAAGGAAAAAUAUUAGGCCCCUUUUUUUUUAGAAAAAAAAAAAAAAAAAGAAAAGCUAGGACACAUUCAUUUUACAAGUCUAAAUAACUCCCUUUUAGGUCCGUUUAUCAUCACGUCACUGCAGCCAGUGGUGACAUUUUAUCGUACAGUGUGUGAAGGUCAAAGAUAAAUGAAGGUCUCAAAGCCAAAGUAUGAUUUUUAGAAAUAUAGAAAGGGGAAAAUAUGUAUGUCUUUAUCCAUUUUAAAGCUCUUAAAUAUUCUGGAGGAACCACAUCUGGAGAUUUCUGCAUGUUACAUUUAACACAUCAAAAUAAUGUUAAGGUUAAAUCAUGCUCAUCUGAGGCAGUUAGAGUUUUAUCAGGGCGCUAAACAGUAGUGGGAUUCAUCCUAUUUUGCAUGGCUCAGCAUAGUUCUCAGAUACAGGGGAGAUGAAAACGUAACAGUGGUCUAAAGCUAUGUGUGGGAUUUAAAUUUUUAUAAAGUUUAUUAAUUUAUAUCAAGGGUACUUGUCUAGGCUCUUUUCUUUCUAGUUUUAACUUGCUCGUGUGAGCUCUAAACACUUUUACAGUGCUUUUUUCAAGCCUCUCUGUGCAACUUUCUAUGGCCAUAUUUCUUUUUCUAUUCUCACGACUUGCAUCGUGUGUCCUACAGAUCUACUGAAAAGAGUUUUCUGCAGGGAAUCAAACCUGAGAAUGGCUAAAUUGGACGACACUGAAGCACAAAGCAGGGAGCUACUGAUACAUCACAGCAACAGACACUUUACUGUCUACUUGCCAGCAUUACAAUGCAUGACCACAAUUAAUCUGUCGAUAUACUGAAAGAAAAAAUGCUGCACAUGUAGCAUCCUUUAAAUUUACAUCUAUGCAUUGGGAUUCAAGACUAUUCAAAAAAAUAUUUUCUCUAGGAAUGGCCUUUUUAUACCUGAUAGCUUAAUAAGAAAUUAACUAAAACUGAAAUUUCCAUGCAGUUAUUCCUUUGUGAUAAUGUGAAAGUCUGAAAGUUGUGUGUCUUACGAGUGAUCCGGUGCCUGCCCUCUGGAUGAGCUUUGAAUAGCUGUUAUCUUCAGCCACUUAAUGCUCAAGACAAACCCUCACCAAAACUAUCUGGUGCUGUGAAUUACACCUUUCUCCUGCAGGGAGUGCUGUCACACCAGCACAAGAGCUAUUAAUAUCAGCUAAUCCAACAGCAGGGACACCUCACUUUACCCACCAUUUUGUACAAAAACUCCCAUUUGUUGUCAUUUUUAUCAGACGGUUCUGUAUAACCGUACAUGCUAACAAUGUUCUUGUUUCCUUGGUUUUUUUUCUACAGCUUAUUACAGUGCUACAGCAUAGAAAACAUUAACAGAAACUGUUGGUUGUGUUGUGUUACCAGCCCGCCACCAUGUAAGAUGGAUGGUGUGAAUUCAUCACCUGCAGUGGUGCCUUUUUUCUUUUUUUUUUUUUUAGAUUUGUCUUUUGAUAAAACAAAAUCAGACAUCGAAGGCUUGGUCUUUGUUAACGGCUGUUUGUAAGACAUUUUUAAACGUUUUGAAUGAGGAGGCCUCCCAACACACUUUGUUUUGUAGAGUUACGGGACACUUUAUCGUGGUGUAUAUAGGCUCCCUUCCUGUGCUCUUUCAUAUGUAUGCCUUUCUGAUCGAAUGAAUGACUUUUUUUUCUUGGAAAUUUACAAUGUCCUUUUUAGUGGUAUUUUGCAGUGUCACAGUGGCUUGUUUCAGUGCUUCAUUCAAUGUAUUAACCGGUAUCCUUUUGCAAUUAAAACAGUUGUAUUUCA